GAUUUUUAACAGACUUCAUUUCCACCCACGCGUCAUGCAAGCCUGUUUGCUCAUGUUCUUCUUAAGGAUUUUUUUCAGUGUUUUGUUCUAGUAGACAAUCAUGACUUUAGCCAAUUUGUGAUUUUUAGUGAAUAUACUUUAAUGAAAAAAUGGACCACAUAAAUAUAUCCCAAGUAAGAAAUUCAACAAACCUAAUUUUCAUGUUUCUAUUUCUACUACUAUAUGAUCCAAUAGAUGGAGAAAUUUCGACCGGACUCAACAUAAGAGACAUCCUGCCGGAAGAUCCAGCCAAGUACGAUAAAAUGCGCCCGCCAAAGGUAGAUGGGAAUCCCACCAAAGUUUAUUUUCAUGUUACUGUCAUGGGCUUGGACAGUAUUGAUGAAGGAUCCAUGACAUAUGCGGCGGAUAUCUUCUUUGCUCAAACCUGGAAGGAUCACAGGUUGCGCCUGCCAGAAAAUAUGACGUCAGAGUACCGUCUUCUCGAAGUUGAUUGGUUGAAGAACAUGUGGCGACCUGAUUCCUUCUUUAAAAACGCUAAAUCCGUCACCUUUCAAACGAUGACGAUUCCAAACCAUUACAUGUGGCUUUACAAGGAUAAAACUAUACUCUACAUGGUUAAGUUAACGUUAAGGCUUUCCUGUGCCAUGAAUUUUAUGAUAUAUCCACAUGAUACGCAGGAAUGUAAACUACAAAUGGAGAGUCUUUCACAUACGACCGAGGACAUGGUUUUUCAAUGGGACCCAGAUGUACCCUUGGUGGUGGACGAAAACAUUGAACUACCCCAGCUAGCCUUGAUAAAAAACCACACUGCUGACUGUACACAAGUAUAUUCGACAGGCAACUUCACCUGUUUGGAGGUAGUUUUUCAACUAAAAAGGAGAUUGGGGUACUACCUUUUCCACACUUAUAUUCCAACAUGUCUCAUAGUAAUAAUGUCGUGGGUCUCAUUUUGGAUAAAACCAGAGGCAGCCCCUGCUAGAGUGACUUUGGGAGUUACGUCCCUUCUAACCUUAUCCACCCAGCAUGCCAAGAGUCAGGCAGCACUGCCGCCGGUUUCGUAUUUAAAGGCUGUAGAUGCUUUUAUGUCUGUUUGUACCAUAUUUGUAUUUAUGGCUCUGAUGGAAUACUGCCUGGUGAACAUUGUUCUGGGCGACUCGGAUCUUCCCAAGCCGCCCCAACCGCCCCAGCCGCCCCCGAAAAAAGUGGACAACAUCUUCAACAUGCCGUCGUCGAAGGAGAACUCGCUGCUGCUCAGCGGCACCCCCAAAACCCCUCCGCCCCCCAAUGCAGCCCAGAAAGCACGAAAUAGAGCCAUCAACAUUGAUAGAUUUUCUAGAUGGGGAUUCCCCUUAUUGUUCGCCGGCCUGAACGGCACCUACUGGAUUAUAUUUGCUGAAUAUAUUUAAUUUAUUAUCACGUAGCUAGCAAAACAUAUACUUACCGGUAUAUGUAGCAAAAUUUCAACAGCUUCAUCUAGGUUUAAUACAAGAAUCCAUUAACUAUUGUAGUCAAAUUUAACAUUUAAUAAACAAGUUUUUUUCUAUAAAUUUAAAGUACACCGUAUAUAAUUGCAAAUAAAAAAAAUGUACACACAUUUUUUUCAUUAUUUUCAUAAUUUAACUUUAGCAAAAUCACAAUAUAAAAGUAGAUUCAGGCGUGUUCAAGUUUAAAUAGUUUUUAUGAAGAAAUAAAAAAAAAUUGUUUGCCGAUUAAAACGUAGUUAAAAUAUAUAAAAAAAUUAAGUUAAAAAGUUUUAAAAAAAUAGUGGGCAUAUUUUAAGAAAAUAGAUAAUGUAUACAAUUCAUGCAUAAUUUAAGAUAAUAGAUAAUGUAU